AUGAGUGACGUAGCAAACAUCAAAGAGAUGUUGAUGAAUAUAUCCUCUGAUAGUGAAGAAUACAUUAGAGAGUUGAAUUCAAUAAUAUGUGAGCCCGAUUCUUUUUUACAACAGUUAAAUAAUGUUGAAGACAUCAGCAACAAAAAUAUCGCAGAGUUUGUCAUCACAAUCCAAUUCCACAUCUACAUUAACACGCGCAACACCAAUAUUGAAUUUAUCGAUUGGGUACUUUCAAAUCAAAAAGAGGAACUUAAUCAAGAUAUUUUAGCAUAUAUUUCUAUUAUAAAAUGCAAUUUCUCAGACCUAAUUCAACAAAAAAACUUCUCUCUUUUAAAUCGUACAUUAGAGAUAUUAAUUGCAAACUUCAAUAGGAAUAAAGACUUAAUCAUUGAUAUUAUCAACCAAUUUUACACUCAAAUAUUUAAUAAUUUUCAGAAUUUCAUUAAUGAAAAUGUCAAAAAUGAUGAUCUCCUUCUUAUCCAUACACAACUCAUCAAAUUACCUUUUCUUCCUCAAAUUGAUGAUUACUUUAAUCUUUUAGCUUCAAAUUUCAAUAAAAUUUCAGAUUCUUGCAGCAAGAUAAAUAAAAUUAAGUUUAUUACAUCAUUAUUUGAUUGCAUAGUUAAAAAUAGAUUAGACAACAUUGAUCAAAAUAUAUUAUCAAACAUCAUUAAGGAUUAUAUAUCUCCUGAAGAAAAAUAUGAUGAACAAGUUUCACAAGUGCGUUUGGUUAAUGCUGCAUAUAAAGUUCCAUUUGCAGUAACUAUAAAAGAUGUUGUUCCAUAUUUGAACAGCACUUUUAUUUCUGUUUCACAAGAAUCAUUAAUUUCCAUCAAUCGUUACAUCCACCAUAAUGACAAAUUAGAUCAAGAAAUAUUUAAUGCGGUUUUCUAUAGAGCUGUAGAAUAUAUUGAUUCAAAUUUGAUUUGUUAUGACACAAAUGAAUUUCGAUUUUACAUCCAAACAUUGAAAAAUUUUUUAAACAAACAAAUAAUUAAUUUGAAUUUAUAUGAAUAUGAAGGGUCCCAAAAAAUUGUUUAUUUCUCAUUAUCGGCCGAACUCAUUCGUUCUAACGAAAAUCCCGUACUCCGUGAUAUUUAUAUUAUCGAGGAUGACAACGCUGAUGUUUCUAGUAUGAGUGUUAAUAAAAUACUUUUAGAUUGGUGUACAAGGUAUGGAUAUGAUAUAACCAGUGAUGAUUUUCGUUAUCAACACAGCUAUUUCAAAAUGAUAAAUGCAGAACUGAAGUACAAACAACAUUAUUUUACACCUAAAAAACUUAAAAAAGAUUUUGAAAAUUUGCUUCUUCAUUAUUCUAUUUGUAAUGGAAACGAAGAAUAUACAAAUGAUGAGAAAAACAUUAUCGAAUUUUUCGAAUCAAAAUUAGGGAAUUUGAUUUAUUGUAUGGCUUCAAAUUUCAUCAGUUCAUCAAUCAAAAUUAAUAUAUCAAAAAGAUUAUAUACAGAUUUAUUAGAAGCAAAAGCAAAUAGACCUGAUGUUGUGAAAGCUUUAGCCCUUCUUUUGUUCGCAAAUCAUGUUGAUGGUGGAAAUCAAGAAAAUUCUUCUCAGGAAUAUAGUGAGAAAGCUGAGGACGCUUUGGAAACAAUUGAAAAGAAUUUCCCGCAAAUGCUGCCUCAUUUUAUCAUGAAAUUGGAUCCAAAGUUGAUACAAUCGACAUCAUCAAAACUAUUUGAAAAAAUCAAUAAUAAAAUAUGCGGAUCAAUUUGGGAUAGUGAAGGUGAAAUAAUAAAUUCAGACGAAAUUUGGAAUUAUAUUCAAUGUUUGCCAUUUAGUUGGGAUAACUUCGAGAAAUUUAAAGAAUUAUAUAGAAACACCGAAAUUCCUGAUUGCCUUGGACCUUAUGUAACUGUUGUAGUUUCUUUUGUUCAGCUUUACAAACCAUUCAAAGAGCCUUGGUAUGAAGAAUUCAUCCUCAUAUACAUGAGAAAAAGAUUGUCUUUCAUUCAAAGUAUCAAAUAUACUGUGAAAUCUAAGCAAGAAGUUAAACAAAUUUUAGAAGUUUUAUCUGAAAUUUAUAGAUUAAUGGCAUCUACUAAUUCUUCACAUUUCAAUAUACAAGAUGAUGAGAAAAAUAUAAAUUAUUAUGAAUGCAUUAAAGAGUUCUUGGCUGUUCUAUUAAUCAAAUACAAUGAUUGUUGUGAGAUUUUGAAUUAUUGUAUCAAAAUUUUAAUAGAAAUGGAUGAUUUCCAAUUGUUUAAAUACACAUUAUCUUUCUUAUUCGCUUCAGAUUUUGAUAUAUUCCUUCCAAAAUACACCAACUUAAUUAAGGAAGCUGUUAUUCCAUACCAUAAUUUGCUGGACGAUGAAAAACUUGUUAGUUACCUCAAUUUAUUUUUUGAUUCAAUUUCAUAUCCCGACUUUGUGGAGAUUCAUGAGGAUGAACAAACACUUGUAAGAUAUUUAUAUUUCAUAUCAAAAAAAGGUGAGUACAAGCCUUUAUUCAAAGAUAUUGGAACAUAUACUGAUUUUUGUGAAGCAUUAACUAUGCACAGAUUAAUUAAUCCUUAUGAUUUAUUUGAUUUACAACUGGAUUCAUAA